AUGGCCUCCAAAAAGACCGUCGCCCUCAUCACGGGCAGCACCAGAAAAGUCCGUCUGGGGCCUUUCUUCACUGCCUAUGUGAGAGACAUGGUUGCCCCUCAAUGCCCCGCCAUCAACUUUGAGAUGGUUGAUCUGGCCGAUCACCCGUUGCCCAUUUUCGACGAGACCAACUUGCCGGCCAGUCAGCCUGCUGAUGAUCCUACGCCUCACUAUGAGCACGAGCACACGAAGAAGUGGUCGGCUGUGGUGCGGAAAUACGACGCCUUCAUCUUCGUCACCCCACAGUACAAUUGGAGUGUGCCGGCGGGCUUGAAGAACGCGCUGGACUUUUUGUUCCAUGAGUGGAAGGGGAAGCCAGCGGGCAUUGUGUCGUAUGGCGGAAGGGGAGGUGGCAAGGCGGCGGCUCAUUUGAGAGAUAUCUUGACUGGCCUGGACAUGGCUGUGUUGCCUACGUCUCCGGGCUUGAGCACCUCGCGCAGAAUGUUGCCGUAUGUUGGGGAGCAUAAAUCUGUGUCGGAUGAGGAUAAGGCACGGUGGAAGGAGGCGGGUUCUGAUUUGCAGAUUGUGGCUUUGGCUCAGGAGUUGGGCAAGGAAUUGGCAAAGGAGAAGAGUUGA